AUGUUAACUGAUUGUUGUCAAAAAUCGCUGACUGUGUUGCGCACCAGCGAAGUACAAAAAUUCUCAUCCAAGGGCUUAGACCCAGGCUUAGGCUUGGUGAAUAUUCGACAAGGUUUUUGCCAUUUCCGAUCAGUAUAUUAUCGAUCUGAUAUAUCGGCUAUUACAAAUAUAAGCUUUAAUUGUGUUUGCUGCCAAAUGCUUGUUAUCGGAUUACCGAAAUUAAAGCAAUGUUCAAAUAAAAUUGCCACAAUAUCCAACAGACAGGGUGACGAAAUCUUGCAAGUAAAAUUGAUGCGAUGA